GGGCUUCCGUACUCCGCCCCGUUGCCGCUGACUUCCGGUCCUGACGCGGCUAUAGCGGAGGACAGAAGGCAGGAUGGCGGGUGUGCAUCACCAGGGCGACCUGCUGAAGAUGACACACAGAGAGAACUGGAAGAUGCAGCAUGAACAUCUGCACGUGAAGCACAGAGGACACGAGGCCAUGCACGCAGAGAUGGUGCUGAUCCUCAUCGCCACGCUGGUGGUGGCUCAGAUCGUCCUGGUCCAGUGGAAGCAGCGACACCACCGCUCCUACAAUCUGGUGACUCUGGUCCAGAUGUGGGUGGUUCCUCUUUACUUCACCAUCAAACUGUACUGGUGGAGGUUUCUGUCCAUGUGGGGGAUGUUCUCCGUCGUCACCAGCUACGUCAUCUUCAGGGCCACCCGCAAGCCGCUGUCCUGCCGGACGCCGAGGAUGGUCUAUAAAUGGUUCCUGCUGAUCUACAAGCUGAGUUACGCAGUGGGAGUUCUGGGCUACCUGGCCAUCAUGUUCACCAUGUUCGGCUUCAACGUCUUCUUCAGGAUCAAGGCGGAGGACUCCAUGGAUGUAGGGGUGAUCAUGCUGUUUUACGGGCUUUACUACGGCGUCAUGGGCAGAGACUUUGCUGAAAUCUGCUCUGACUACAUGGCUUCUACCAUCGGGUACUACAACCGGGGAGGAAUACCCAGCAGGAGCCUGAAUGACGACAUCUGUGCGGUGUGUGGUCAGAGGAUUCUCGUAGAGGUGGAGGAGGAAGGAUUUAUAGAAAACACCUACCAGCUGUCCUGUGGACACAUAUUCCACGAGUUCUGCAUACGUGGCUGGUGCAUUGUGGGUAAGAAGCAGACGUGUCCGUACUGCAACGAGAAGGUCGACUUGAAGAGAAUGAUGAACAACCCAUGGGAGAAAACUCACGUUCUGUACGGGCAGCUUCUCGACUGGCUCAGGUAUUUGGUUGCCUGGCAACCCAUCAUCAUUGGUAUCGUUCAUGGAAUAAACUUCUCGCUGGGCCUUGAGUAGAGCCCUGUGGAACGCCGCUGCAGGAACACAGUUAAACUGUUAAAGUCGGGAUCCACGCCGCUGCGUUCGUGGGGAUGGACUGAACGCUCGCUCCGUUUCCAGAGUCGGCUCAGGUGGUCCGGGUCUUCAUGAGCAGAGGACACCGAAGUAUCAAACUAUAAGCAGAUCCAGUAUCUGGAAGAUGGGACUCCUGCAUGUUGUUUCUUUUUAAGCAUUUGCUUUGUAUCGUGUCAAAAAAAACAGAACAAAAAAAGGUUAUUUGCACACUCCUCCCUGCUGGUUGGUUUUACACAUCUGACCAGUUUCUGCUUUUUUUUUAAGCUGCAGCCCUUUUGCACAAUGAUGGUUUUUAAAGAACAGUAGCCAUGAAACGUGUUUACAUCUCAUGUAGCUUUGUUACAGUAUGAAGUGUCUUUUGUCUUUGAAUUCACGUGAUAACUAAUUUAUUGUUGGGUUGUAAAUGAUCAGCUUCUAAACAUUCGGCAGCUUGAAGGUGAAGUUUUUAUCCAUCAGGAAGAAAACUGAAGGUGUGCUGCUGGUAACAACUUUGUAUUAAAUUAAUAUUUAUAAACCUUUCAUUAGGUUUCUGUCAUGUGUUCUGUAAAUAAUCACUGUUACCUUCAAAUUCAAGUGUUAAAAUUCAUGUUAUGAGGAAGAACUGCUGAAUCCUUACCUGUGAUAAUGCAUCUAAUCUUUUAUGAACAUAAUUUUAACAAUUUGUUAACAAAUGGAGAAUCUAUUUUACAUAAAACUGAAGUUAUGAAAGAUUGAAAUGUUUCCUAAAACUCAAACCUCCAAGGCCAAAGCACUAAUGUGCUGCUUUGUUCUGUAAAAUAAUGUUAAAUAAAAAUAUUUCAGCUUU